CGCCAUGAUUCCGUCAAGAUACACAGAAAUGUAGCCGAGAAAGAUUCUUGGCCCAAGUCGCAGUAUGCAACUGCACUGCGGUCUGUUGAUAGAGAUUUGAAUGAUCAGCAAAGGUUCAGACUAGGCCCGCGGUAUAAGAUCAGCCACGCGACACCAAACUGCAAGAUCCAGCUGUCAUAUCAAACAGUCAAUUCAUUCCUACAAACUCCAGGCCGGAGCAGAGACUUCCACAUUGAUGCAGCUCACGCCGCAAGAAUAGUUAUAAACCAAGCCAACCGUUACCUUGUUGUUCGUCUUUCAUCAUCCGAGAAAAUAUUCUACCGAAGCUCUUCAGAAGAUGAGAAGGACCCAAUUUUGGCGUUGGGGGUGGCCUUGUCAGCUCUGCUAGCAAUUCGGCAAUAUUGCGAGGAGCGACCGCUUGCAAAAUUUGCCCUGGACAACAUUCUCAAGUCUUAUCCCAACAACAAGACCAUCUUUCGAACACCAAUCACAGAUGAUAUGAAUGCCUUGACUCCCAAAGACUGGAUAGCCCCUCAUUGGGUCGCAGAUAUGUGUUUUACCCCCUGUUCUGGAACGAGCAUCGAACCUCUCAUCUACAUCUGCUGUGUAUAUGGGCAAAAGGAGGCUUUAAAGAGCUUUACAUCUCAGAAGUAUAAUCACUCUGACGAUUACAAGGAAAAAGGAAGAUCCAUGUCGAAUGGAAGGAAGUGUCAAAUCAUUUGCGGCGCCAUCGGGGCUUUCAUCAAAGUCCGCGUCUACCACGGCAUUGCCUGUCGGAAAGAAAAUAUCAAGAACGAAAAGUUGGACGGCACUGCCGAAUUCCCAGAGGGCAGAUGUCAAAGAGUUCUGAGGGAUUCAUUGGCUGCAGUGAGAUCAGCGAGGCAUUCUAGGAAGUGUAAAGGUGGAUGA